AUGAAGUACCGGGAGCGGUUUCUUGAGUACCGAGUGUCUCCACAGAUACUUGCAGCACCCGCGACAUGUGUGACAUCUCUUUUCUCAGCUAAUAGAUAUAUUUCGGUCGGAUAUCAACGGAAGAUCCGCCAAAAAAUACACUAUCUGGAUUUUGGGACACCUUGA